UCCAGGCAUUUAAAUAUCAUUGAAUAUUAAACAUUUUGGAAUCAAAUUUGAAAGUAUCACGCAAAUCGUUCUUUCAACAAUGAACUAGUUCACAAAAUAAAUCGAGCUUGGCCAACACUGGCACCUUGACGUUUUGUUGUUACAUAAACUGUCAAAUAUUGUGCAGAAUAUUAGAUUUGUACGCAAAUAUUUAACUUCAAACGAGCGUAUGGCCGCCUUAAUUAGAAGUCUGGGUGCCAGAAUUGCUUCCGCCGCCUUGACGGCCAAGCAUGUGGUGCCCGCUGGAACAGCUGCUCUGCGCUUGUCCAGCACUGCUGCCGUCGAUGCCAAAGCCCCCGAGAAACCCACUAUACGCAAACCGGACGCCGCUGCUCGGACAUCGCUCUCCGAUUUUGGUCGCUAUGUUGCCGAGUGCAUGCCGAAGUACGUGCAAAAGGUGCAAUUGACCUCAGGCGAUGAGCUGGAGAUACUCAUUGCGCCCGAGGGCAUUGUGCCUGUGCUUCAGUUUUUGAAGGAUCACCAUCAGGCACAAUUUACUAAUUUAGUUGACAUUGCUGGUAUGGAUGUGCCGUGCCGCCAGCAUCGCUUUGAGGUUAUUUAUAAUUUGCUGUCGCUGCGCUUUAACGCUCGCAUUCGGGUCAAGACCUACACUGAUGAGCUGACCCCGUUAGACUCGGCCUGUGAGGUGCACAAGGCGGCAAAUUGGUAUGAGCGUGAGAUUUGGGAUAUGUAUGGUGUUUUCUUUGCCAAUCAUCCCGAUUUGCGACGCAUUCUCACUGACUACGGCUUCGAGGGACAUCCACAGCGUCGCGACUUUCCGUUGUCCGGCUAUGUUGAGCUGCGCUAUGACGACGAGAAGAAACGCGUCGUCUGCGAACCCUUGGAGCUGGCACAGGAAUUUAGAAAGUUUGAUCUGUCGGCACCGUGGGAGCAGUUCCCCAAUUUCCGCAAUGCAAACCCACCAGCCGAGGUGGUGGAGCCAGCCAAGAAGUAAGCGAACCGCAUCACAAGUAUUUUGCAGUUUGUUUGUUUAAUGGUAAUUACUAGAUGAAUACAUCAAUAAAAACGAUAUGUAGAAAUUGUAAA